CUCCUCAGCUGAUCGGAAGUGGAUUGCUGCGUAUCUCGGGGGCUCGCGCUGGGAGGAGGAAGAGAUGGCCGAGGCCAUUGCCGACACCAGGAGGCUUUUCCCCAAGCCCCAGAACCUCAGUGACGCAUACGGACCUCCCAGUAACUUCUUAGAGAUUGACGUGGGCAACCCCGAGACGGUGGGCGUUGGCAGGAGCAGGUUCACCACGUACGAGAUCCGACUGAAGACUAACCUCCCAAUCUUCAAGUUGAAGGAGUCGUGUGUGCGGAGAAGGUACAGUGACUUUGAGUGGCUGAGGAGUGAGCUGGAGAGAGAAAGCAAGGUGGUAGUUCCGCCUCUGCCAGGCAAAGCUCUGAUUCGCCAGCUUCCAUUCCGGGGAGAUGACGGAAUAUUUGAUGACUCCUUCAUCGAGGAGCGGAGACAAGGCCUGGAGCUCUUUCUGAAUAAAGUGGCAGGACAUCCCUUGGCCCAAAAUGAGCGUUGCCUCCACAUGUUUCUGCAAGAAGAGGCCGUCGACAAAAAUUACACACCCUCCAAAAUCAGACAAGCCUGAACAGACCCCCCCCCCCCCCUGCAAGGAGAUGUCCAGGAUCCCAACUUUGUGGCCCAGACUUCAGUGACUCAUUUGAAACUUCAAGCUGGAAACACAUUAAUGAUCAGUUCUCUUCUUAAAAAUCACUUCUUUUGAUUCCAUUUAAUGUAAUGAAGUGCUUAUGUUUCUUAGCUCUUGAUUCGAGUAAAAAAAAAAAAAAAAAAAAAAAAUUUUCCUUGUUGGGACACUACUAACUUAGUGUUGCUGUGUGUUGUUUUAAUGUUUUCCACAUGAAGCACAUUCACCCAACAUCAAAUUCACAAGUGAACUCACAGUGCACUAUAGCGUCUAAAGACACGCACCGUGUUUUAACGGCUUCCUGAAUCUUUUGCUCAGGAAUGUGGUUUGCAUGUGCAACGUGGAUUGUGCGUAUGUUGGUUCCCACAUCUUCGACACCUUUAAUCUUUUCUAAUGACUGACAGACACACACACACAGGGAAUAACAGCAUUUAUAACAUGUACAUGUAUUGUUUGUAUACUGCUCUGCCGUUUUGUUUACUUGGGCAUUUUUCAAUAAAAUGGUCUGAUACACCUGUAUGCAUGACGAA